GUCGUUCAUAGUGCGGAGUGGGCGUUAAAUCCGUCUUCCCUACAUCUCGUACUCAACUUCACGCUUAACGUUGCACAAGUUGCGGCACUUCCUAAAAUUUCCAGGCGCGGUCGGCCGAUGAAGAUGACACAAAGCUCCGCCACCAAGCUGCUAAACGGAGAUAUCUGUCACCAGACCUCAAACGGGAAAAAUGCGAGUAAAAAUGGCUUCGUGAAGAAGCGCUGCCUGUUCCAACAGCCACAGAAUUACCAGAGCCCCAGGGAGAAGAACCAAAAUGUCCCACAUAAUUCCAGCUUGUAUAAGAAGCCCUUUGCGGAGUCCUUUGAGGAGACACCUCUGCUGGUCGCUGUGCUCACCUACAUGGGCUAUGGCAUCCUCACCAUCUUCGGCUACCUCAGAGACUUUCUCCGCCACUGGAACAUCGAGAAGUGCCACGUGGCUAGGGAGAGAGAGGAGCAGAAGGAUUUUGUUCCUCUCUAUCAGGACUUUGAGAACUUUUACACAAGGAACUUGUACAUGAGGAUCCGAGACAAUUGGAACCGACCUAUUUGCAGCGUCCCUGGCGCCAAGAUGGACUUGGUAGAGACAGUUACUCACAACUACAACUGGACGUUUGAGCACACUGGUAAAGUGGUGAAGGAUGUUAUCAACAUGGGUUCAUACAACUACCUUGGCUUUGCUGAAAACACUGGAGCUUGUGCCGACGCUGCUGUUGAAGCCACACAGCUGUAUGGAGUCGGAGUAGGAAGCACCCGCUGUGAAAUGGGGAACCUGGACAUCCAUGAGGACUUGGAGCAGUUGGUUGCCAGGUUUCUGGGUGUUGAGUCAUCCAUGGUAUUUGGCAUGGGCUUUGCAACAAACUCCAUGAACAUUCCUGCUCUUACUGGAAAGGGUUGUCUCAUCUUGAGUGACGAGCUGAAUCACGCGUCAUUGGUGCUGGGUGCUCGGCUAUCAGGUUCCACAAUCCGGGUCUUCAAACACAACAACAUGCAAAGCCUGGAAAAGCUGCUGAGAGAUGCCAUUGUACAUGGGCAGCCCAGGACCCACAGGCCUUGGAAGAAAAUUCUCAUUGUGGUGGAGGGAAUAUACAGUAUGGAGGGGUCCAUCGUGCGUCUACCUGAAGUUAUCGCUCUAAAGAAGCGCUACAAAGCAUAUCUGUAUUUGGAUGAAGCUCACAGUAUCGGUGCCCUUGGACCCAAUGGCAAAGGAGUUGUGGAUUACUUUGGCCUGGAUCCCAAAGAUGUGGACAUCAUGAUGGGAACAUUCACCAAGAGCUUUGGAGCUGCUGGUGGAUACAUUGGAGGCAAAAAGGAGCUGAUUGACUACCUGCGCUGCCACUCUCACAGCGCCCUGUACGCCACCUCUAUGUCCCCUCCCGUGGCUCAGCAGAUCAUCACCUCCAUGAGGAUAAUCAUCGGUGAGGAUGGGACAUCACUGGGUGCUAAUCGUCUCAGACAGCUAUCAGAGAACACUACCUACUUCCGCAGGAAGCUCCGCGACAUGGGCUUUAUCAUCUAUGGCAACGAUGACUCGCCUGUUGUACCCAUGAUGCUUUACAUGCCUGCCAAAAUUGGGGCAUUUGGCCGAGAGAUGUUAAAGAGGAACAUUGGAACAGUGGUCGUCGGCUUCCCAGCGACUCCCAUCAUUGAGUCGAGAGCACGCUUCUGCAUCUCAGCUGCGCAUACCCGGGAGAUGCUUGAUACAGCAUUGGAAGUCAUCAGCGAAGUGGGUGACCUGCUGCAGCUGAAGUACUCCCGGCGUGAACAGCCUCUUCCCUCACUGGGGUGGAUGUCUGAGGAGAGCCUGCUGCAAGACUGAGCCUCAUCCUUCCUUCCAUAUCAAGCCUUCUUCUCACAUCACUGUAUUUCCCUUUUGUUUGCGUGUGCUUCUGAUAACACUUCUUUCCCCCUUGUCUUCCUAUGAGCCAGUUCCUCCACUCAACUGUUCCAUAUCUUCUCACAUUAAACUCCCACAUCCCAUGCAGUCUGUGACCUGUCCAGCCAAUUUACUCAAACCCUGGCAGGUUAAAAAAAAAACUCACUCACAUUUCUGCCUGUUGUUACAAAGUGCAUUAUAGGCUAUUCUGAUUGCAUUGUCUCACAUCAAGUCUUAUUCCUGUGUGCACAUUGAAUGUGUAUUUUAUUUGUGCAAUAACAACAACAACGUGUAGUUUCUUUGUAAUACAGACAACCUGCAGCAGUGUAAGCAAAGCUCUUGGAGGAAAAGGAAUCUGAUCAGAGCCACUGCUAUGUUGCACACAAUAAGAAAAUAUGACAUAUGUAAAUAUUAUUUUUCACAAUGUUUAUAAUACUGCUUUAGAAAAGUAUCCCAAACCUCAGAGAGAUGCAAGAUUAUUUGACAGGGAUAAGCAUGUGCUCUUCAUAUUUAUUGAUCUGAUUGCUUUUUAUCUCACAAGUUACAACAGUGGAUUUCCUUAAUCACAUUUACUUGAAUGGUGAGUAUAGAUUAUUGGUUUCUUUCCCUAACCAAAGGAUAUAAAUAUAAUGAUAUAUUUUCUACCUUUUUUCUCUUGAAAUGCAAAACAGAUGUUCUGAAAGAAAAUGUGUAACGGGGAAAGAAUUCCAGGGAGCAAGACUGACAAAUAUUUUUUUACUGCUUAUUUACUAAGAAUAGAUUUCAGCCUUAUUUACUGUUUACACCUGCACUCAAAAGUUUGAGCCUAAUGUCUUUAACAUUUCUAAAAGCCAAUGAGCUACAUGUGUGAUUUUUUUUUUUCCUCAUUCAUUCUCACUAAAGUGCUUUCAUGUGUAUCAGUAAUCUGAGCACAAAGACACGCUGCAACUAAAAUCUGUAUGUAUGACGAUGCUCAUCUGACGUACAGGCAGCUUUAUUUAUUUAUAAUGUGCUUGUUAUCCUUCGCCUGUUUCUUUUUAUUUCUUUUUGAUAAACUAUUAUUGGAAAGGCAGCUCCAAAUGUGCCCCAGUGAAGAGUAUAUUUUACCUGAUUUCAUGUCUUUAGUGCUGCACCACUGACGGGCAUGUUAAAUGCUCAGAUGAAGUAUGCAGUGCAGUUUGUAAAGAAAAAGUUUAGAUAUUAAAAUAUUAUUUUUCUUUUCCUCAUAAUCUGUGAUCAUCCUCUGGAACAUUCCAUAUCAACCUGUUUUCAGGUUUUACUGUUUGUUUUGGUCUUAAUUUUCAUUGCAUACACACCACUGUCACACUGGUUUGAUUGUUUUAUGCUCAUCAUCAUUCUGUUGAUGUGAACUUGAGGCCAUGUCUGGUGAUGUGUCAGUCUCCCCCUCCCAACAAAUAAGUUCGAAGUGGUGAAACUGAACAUGUAUCCAAAAUUAAUUAAUAAUGUUGGCAUUAAAUUGCAGCAUGAUGGCUAUUUUUGGUCUUCUUUUUAUACAGCAGUGACACUUUUCUGUGAUAAAUACCACUGUAUUUUUUUUUCAUAGAAAACUGAAUAAUAAAUCUGUGAUGCAUUUCAUUUUAAUAAAUCCAAAAUGUGGAAAUCCAGACUGAAAUCUGGAUGCAGUUCCCCAAAAAGUGCUCCGACAAGAAUUUUCUCCAAGUCAAAGUUUCCUCUCAAGCAGAGUUCAGUAACGGUCUCCACAUUUCUGUUAAUGGAUGCAAAAAAAAUUUAAUUACAAACAGCAACAUGGCUGCUUUCCUCACUGAAAAUGCAGAUUUCACAUCAAGGGAGAUUAUUCAAAUGUUUGCAGCUCUUGGGUGCAUGGUGACAUCCUCCUAAGCUACAACACAUAGGCUAAAUGUAAACUAUCCUGCUGUGACCAAUGGAAACUUCUCGGCUGCUUUUUACCUUUUGGAGUUGUAUUUGGGUUCUUAAACCUCAUGGAGAAGUUUGAAGGCCUGAUGUUUGUUGACCAUGAUGUUGGAAACAGUGCUGCAAAGAUUAAAUCAUCCAGUUUGAAA